CUGUUGUUGACAUUGAAGCGCCAUCUGGGCGGUAUCGAUGUCAUCAAAUAUCAAUAAAGAUUGUAUUCUGAAGUUUGUAUACUUUUUAAAUCAUUCUCAAGAAUAAUACAAAAUGAAUUGAAGAAAUAAUCUUCUGAAUCUAAGAUCAACUUGGAGAUAAAGCAAAAAAUGGCAAGUGAGGAGAAAACUAUAGAUCGAUCUAUGGGGACAAGGAUUGCUAGCUUGUUUCAACUGUUAGAGAAAUCAUUAGGACGAAUAGGUACUAAAAAAGAAUCAACUGAUGAUUUGACACAAAUACGUUAUGUAACCUCAAAGUUAUACAAUAUUGUUAUUGCACAAGAUAAAGUACAGAAAGAUCUUCUUUUUAAAGAAUCUAUUAACAUAGAACUAUUAGUCAACACGUUACAGAGUGUUUAUGAUGAUCAAGUGGUUGUAUCUGUUGUUAGUAUACUCAGUGAGAUAUUAGGAAAAGCACCAUUUGGUAAAAGAGCUUCAUUGUUUGUGAACCAUGGAGUUUCUAAUGCUUUAUUCCAUCUGUUACGUCAGGCUAGUGGUCAAGAUAAUACAUUACCAGAUGAAGUAUUAUUAACAACACACUGUAUAUUAGGACGUAUAGGAAAUAAAGACCGUAAAUUUGCUGUUAAAGCCAGAUUGAAUAAUGCCUUAUUGUUGACACUAGGACUGAUUAAGAAUAAUCAUAACAACUUUAAAAAUCUGCAAUAUUUACUUCAAGUGUUUAAAAUUUACACUGGAAAUAGUGUAAAUGCAUCCUAUGUUGGUAAACAUAAUUCUAUAAAUAUUUUAUUUAGAAUUAUUGCACUAUGUGGACGAAAACACACAGCUGUAUUAAAACUAGCUCUCGACAGUUUAAACAAUUUGACAAAAUCAAAGAGUAAUUCAGCUAGAAGUGUUGGUAUGGGAGGAGUACCCACACUCUUGUCAUUGUUCACAGACUGGCAUCAAUUUGAUACUAAGCAUAGAUAUAAUAAUCUUAAAAAAUCAAUUCUAAAUACAUUGAAGAAUAUUACAAAUCUCAAAUCUGGAAGAAAAGCAUUAUUAGAAUCAGAGGGUAUAAGAAUACUGUAUGAAAUAUGUCAAGAUUUGUCAGAAUGUCGAGAAAUGGAGAGUUUAAUAUUACUAGCUAGUAUUAUAAUGAGGAAAUGUUGUCCUAGAAAUAAAUUACCAUUAGAUAAUGUUAAUAGUGUAGUGACAUUUGCUUUACCAUUAUCAGACAAACAUGUACCAGAUUGUUUAGUUGUUUCUAAUCAAGAUAUAGGAGAUAUAUCAGAUACUGGUAAUGAUAGUGAUCAUAGUUCACUAGAUAAUGAUGAUGAUAUUGAUAGUGAUGAUGAAAGAUUUAGAACAGACAAUUCAGAUGAGCCAGAUGACGAUCAAAUUGAAGCUUUAGAACAACCUGAAUCCAGAUCUAUUGAAGAAUUAAAAUCUUAUAGUAAAUUCUUUCCAGAACUUUUUCAUUUUGAGAAUCGACCUGGAUCUUGUGUUUCUGUUCCUGCUACCAUAUCAGAUCCUGUUCUUAGUAAAAAUGAGAGAGACUCUAGGUUUAAAUUUGGUCGGAGGGUGCAGUCUUUCUCUAACAUCACAGAAACACUUCCAAAGUUAUUUCACAAUAAUUCCUCUACUAAUAGUGAAUCUGAUUCUGUUCUGUAUCAGUUAGAUAAACUCUCUUUUAGAGGUAGAUAUUCCAUGCCAGAUGUUAAUUACUCAGACAAACAACGGGAUUCUGCUACUGCUGUAAAUUUAAAAACAGGAACGAGUGUGUUCAUGUUGGAUGUUCAACUUCCUACAUCAUCAAAGCCUGCUGCUAAACCACCGACACCAACACGUAACGCCAAAAAAUCAAAAACAGGUAAAAGAAACGGGCAAUCAAAAGAGAAGAGAUCAAAAAAGAAGGUUGAAGAGCCGACAACCACAAUAACAGAUGCCAUGUGUAUUACACCAUUACCUACACCUAGAGGAUUAGAUGAAGCAGACGUAAUGUCAACAACUAGUACUGUAGAACCAUUAGAAGAGGAAGUAUUUAAAGAUCCCGAGUUAUACACACGGAUGGCUGGUGAAACGAAAAGUGUUUACCGCUUUGAAAAAAUAGCCUACCCCGAUCUUCAAGCAGCUAAUGGUAGUACUAAACCAGAAAAACUUUAUAAUAGAAAAUUUGGUGUUCAAAGAUCUAAAGUGUUUGAAGAUAUUGAUAGAAUGAUACAUCCUGAUCUAUUAAUAGAAAGAGUUGUCUUUGAUUUAAAUAAAAUUGUUGAAGAAGCUGGUCAUAAUUACUGUCAACAAAAUUCUAACUUGACAAAUAGAGAUGAAUUCAGUGUUGGUAGAAGAUUACUUUCAGCAGGUCAUCUUAUAUUUAAUGCACAGUUUGAAUCAGCUAAUUUAAGACGAGCAAUACAGAUUAGAGAAUAUGAGUAUGAUUUAAUACUGAAUCCUGAUAUUAAUACCAAUCAUCAUCAUCAGUGGUUUUAUUUUCAAGUAUCUAAUAUGGUAGCUGAUGUACCAUAUAGAUUUAAUAUAGUUAACUGUGAGAAACUUAAUAGUCAGUUUAAUUUUGGUAUGAAGCCAGUAAUGUAUUCAGUAGCUGAUGGUAUAGGAGGUAAUGGAGAAUGGGUGAGAGUAGGAACAGAUAUAUGUUAUUAUAAAAACCAUUUUAUAAGGAGUUCCAUAACUACUGGGGGAGUUAAAGGCAAAUCAUACUACACAUCAACAUUUACCAUAACAUUUAAACAUAGUAAUGAUAUAUGUUACCUAGCUUAUCAUUAUCCUUAUACAUAUACUACACUUAAGACACAUCUAUAUCAUUGGGAGAGUAUAUGUGACACAAGUCAGAUAUUUUUCAGACAUCAGAAACUGUGUGAAACAUUGGCAUCUAAUCCUGUACCAGUUCUUACAAUAACAGCUCAACCUUCAAUUGAUAUGGAUGGUCUUAAUGAACUCAAAAAUCGACCAUAUAUAUUUUUAUCGGGACGUGUGCAUCCUGGAGAGAGUAAUUCCAGCUGGGUUAUGAAAGGUACAAUAGACUAUUUAUUGAGUAUGAAACCAGGAGCUCAGAGAUUAAGAGAGAUGUAUAUAUUUAAAAUUGUACCUAUGUUAAAUCCUGAUGGUGUUAUUAAUGGAAAUUCAAUUUCUCGGCAUCGACUCACUGAUGCUAUUAGAGACCAUGAUGACAACAGUUACCUCUCUUAAAGGUUAAAGAAAGUUUUGGACUCUCCCUGCUCAUCAUCGUAGUUCAUUAGUAGCAGAAGAUUUAAACAGACGAUGGUCACGUCCCUGUCCUAAAUUACAUCCAACUAUUUAUCACACUAAAGGUUUAUUACAUUACCUUAAUAUCAUCAAUAAAACACCACUGGU